AUUUGAGUAAAUUUCGUAACGCUUAUCUUUUUCUCGGUAAUGCAAUUAUUCGAAUUUCCCACCCUUCUCUCAUUCGCAGACUUUGCCAAUCAGCGCUUUACAUACAUAUAAGACACAAACAAUGUUAUAUGCUAACUAUAUUAUAAAGAAUUUAAAAGAUAUCGAAAAACGUAGACACAAUUGGGUAAUUAUAUAUCACAAAGAGAUAAAAACAAUAUUUGCGUCAUAGAAAAUUAUCAAAAAUCAUCGAAGAAAAUAAGAGUCCACAUUGUCCUUACAUUUGAUUAAUUCUUAUCAUAUCGAAUCGCGCUGUUAUCAUUGUGCGUAACUAUGAGUAUGUAAAUGUGCGUCAAAAAGUGAUUAAUAAUGCUAAAGCAAGGAGGGCAAAUGUUUCUUUGGAUGGUAUAAACAUUCCAAUAAUGCACACGAGAACGUAUCAAAAGAGUCUUCGAUAUGAAAGAGAAAUGUGAUGGACGUAUGCGAUUGCUGGUAUAGCAGUUACGGCAAAUGCGAACCUCAUAAACACGUCGCCAUGAUGGUUCAGCAACGCCAUAAUGCUGCUAUGCGACGUCCCAUUCUCUGUAGAGUAAACACUCGCUCACGCAAACGAGAUACAAAAGGAUUAAUAAUUUGUAACUUUUAAGUCUUUGAAGACGAGUACAUACAUCAACAAUAAUCAUCUCGAUAGUCAAUCUUGACCAUAGUUCGAAGAGAGAAUUAAAAAAAACAUUGACAGAACCAAUAUAUAAAUAUUUUAAACAUGGAUGAUGAAGAAGGUUCAUCUAGUUCUGGACCUAUGUCUUCACUAAACAGUUUAUUUUCUUUCACUAGUCCAGCUGUGAAAAAAUUGCUUGGCUGGAAACAAGGAGACGAAGAAGAGAAAUGGGCUGAGAAAGCAGUAGAUUCUUUGGUAAAGAAAUUAAAGAAAAGAAAAGGUGCGAUAGAGGAAUUGGAACGGGCCUUAAGUUGUCCUGGCACACCAAGCAAGUGUGUAACGAUACCAAGAAGCUUGGAUGGUAGAUUGCAAGUAUCUCAUCGCAAGGGACUACCGCAUGUAAUUUAUUGUCGAGUAUGGAGAUGGCCAGAUUUGCAAUCUCAUCAUGAAUUGAAACCACUUGAAUUGUGUCAAUAUCCAUUUUCUGCUAAACAAAAAGAAGUUUGCAUUAAUCCUUACCAUUACAAGAGAGUGGAAAGUCCUGUGCUUCCACCAGUACUCGUCCCAAGGCAUUCAGAAUAUGCCCCUGGUCAUUCUCUACUACCAUUUCAACAAUUAGCAGAACCAACCAUGCCACAUAAUGUAUCUUAUUCAUCCAGUGGCUUUAAUGCAAGUUCUACCACUGGUGUAAAUCCAACUUCUCCUAUGUCUUCUGUUGGCUCUGUACCUAGUCCAGGAAGUACUACUUCGCCGAAUCCACAAAGUCCUUACGGUACAAAUGGAUUACCAGAAACACCACCGCCGGCAUAUUCCCCUCCAGAAGAUGGUUCACAACCUGGUCAAUCUCCUCCACCAGAUCCGGUGGCAAUGGACACAGGUGGUCCUGCUGAAGUAGCACCAGUGUGUUAUCAAGAACCACUGUAUUGGGCCUCUAUUGCAUACUAUGAGUUAAACUGUAGAGUAGGAGAAGUUUUUCAUUGUCAGUCUCAUUCUAUUAUAGUAGAUGGUUUUACGAAUCCAAGUAAUAAUUCUGAUCGUUUUUGCUUGGGCCAAUUGUCUAACGUAAAUCGAAAUUCUACUAUUGAAAAUACUAGAAGACAUAUUGGAAAAGGAGUACAUCUCUAUUAUGUUGGUGGAGAAGUUUAUGCAGAAUGCCUUUCAGAUUCAGCUAUAUUCGUUCAAUCUAGAAAUUGUAAUCAUCAUCAUGGUUUCCAUCCUAGUACAGUUUGUAAAAUUCCUCCAGGUUGCUCGCUCAAAAUAUUUAAUAAUCAAGAAUUUGCUCAAUUAUUGUCACAAAGUGUUAAUCAUGGAUUCGAAGCUGUGUAUGAAUUAACAAAAAUGUGUACAAUCAGAAUGUCUUUUGUAAAAGGAUGGGGUGCAGAGUAUCAUCGGCAAGAUGUUACAUCUACACCUUGUUGGAUAGAAGCACAUUUACAUGGGCCUUUGCAAUGGUUGGAUAAGGUGCUAACACAAAUGGGUUCACCACAUAAUGCUAUAAGUUCUGUGUCAUAGAUUGUAUACUGGUUGAUAAUACAAGCAGAAAAAACCAUUAGUGGUAAUAGAUAAGUGAGUUUUAGUGCAGAAACAUACAAAUCAUGUGGAUUAUACAAGAGAUAGUGUUUUCAGGAAAGUGUUUAGAGGUGUAAGUGUCAAAGAUGGUCACUUAUUGUGACAUGUUUAAUUUCAGCAUAAUUAAAAAUGUUGAAGAAAUAUUUUAAAGAAAAUGAACAAUUAUAAAAAUUAGAUAGAUGGAGAGUGAUUGUUGAUAUAUAAAAGUUUCAUAAAUAACGUGGUAUACGUUUAGAGUUAUACCACAUUUUGGCUGUUAUGUAUGGAGAAAAUUAUAGUAGAAAUAGGAUAUCUUAUAUACAUAUGAGGAAUAUUUUUCAAAUCUAUUAACAGUCAUAAUACUUUAUUUUAUAUGGGAAAUUGUUCUGAAGAUAUUCGCUACUAGCGUACUGCAAAUGCUUUCCUAGAUGAUCUUAAGGGACAAUAUAAAAAUGAAGUUCAAGCACAAGUUAUCUAUCAAGUGAUAGAAGAAAGUAAUUUCCUAAAUCAAUAUAAAUACCUAUUCUUUAGAGCUGAAUAUGUUAACCUGAUUUUAAAUCAUUUCAAAUCAUGUAUAGAUAUAAUUAUACAUAUAUAAGUGUAGGGAUAGAGAUUACAAUCAGAAAUUCAUGUUUGGCUCUAAAAUUGGUACGUAUCGUACGAAAGUUAUACAUUAAAUAUAUAAUACUCUAUUGUCCAAUCGUUCGAAUUAUAAUAUGCGUGCUUUAAAAUUACAACUUAUACUUAACAAGGAUUAGAUUACCCAAACUUAUCAUUAUAAUCAUAAUCCUGAAAUAAGAAUAAUUAAUUUUGUCAUUACUGAUUACAAUGCAAUUGAUACUUCGAUAUGAAAUGCUGGAUGCUGAUCUCACGUUGACACUUUAAAGUUAACUGCAUCUAAUAAUCUAUUGAAACUUUAAAUUUAGUAAUCCUUGGAAGGAUUACUUUUUGUGCAAGCUUCCCUAACAUUUUAUGUAUGCUAUGCUAUGUUGGUCGUGUGACCAUAACUCAAUAAUGAAUUAAGUAAGAUUUUUUAAAGUAAGAUUUCCCUUUACAAAGCAAUGAAAGAGUGAGAUAAAUAUAUAGAACUGUCAUAUGGUUUCUUCAAACUUUAAAUGUUUUAAUAAUUUUUGGUAAAAAUUUGACAUACGUGAUGCGUAUAUAUAAAUUUUAAGUACAAGAUGUAUUUUCUGAGAUAACUAUAUAGUUCAAUACUAUAUUAAAAUUAUCUCUUAAGAUAAUACAGUAUAAUUUGUGUAAUAUUAAUAAAAUGAAAGAAUUAUU